CCGCCGCUGCGCAACUUACUUAGUCGGCACGCUGUGAUGUCAAAGCUUUGAACCGCGCUGCCGCUGCUACUGCUGCAGCAAACGACAGUACAUAUGCAUGCGGAGUAGUAAGCAUUGCUUCGAGUAACGCUGCUAUUGCCGUAGUUGGGGUUUCGAAAACUUCAACAAAACCAACUGACAACUGGCGCGGUCCAUUCAAGCGAGCUUUUCAUUUCGUCGUGAUAACUUCAAAACGAGACACGCUCGCGCGCGCGUCCAGCUUGAUGAGCACGCACAGUCGCAGAGAUCGGUUGGUUGCCUAAGAGAUCACUGCGUAUACUACGGAUAAAUAUAACAUUAACAUGAAUGAAAAAUACAAGUAAAUCUAACAAAUAAAGUUAAGCAAAAAGCAAGUGAAAAAAUAAAAGCAUUUUAAUUCUGCCUUAAAAGUUUCAAAAAUAUAUAAAAAUAUUUAUAAAUAUUAAGUGAUAUAACGAAAACAUGAAAAAUAAUAUAAAAUAGUGUUUUAUUAAAAAAUUGUAGUGUUUAAGUCUAUGCAACGACCGAAUAGUACAAAGGAUACGCGCUUGUGUCAUAGUCGCAUGUGUUCGUCGAACUUUGACAAAAAACAUAAAACAAAAAAUUGUUUAUAAAAAGUAAAGAAUAACGUUCCGCUGUCAGUUGCUCGCUCGCAGGAUAUAUUUAAUAACAGUUUGUCAAUAGUUUUAUUUGUGUGUGUUUAAUAGUUUUUGUGCAAUUUUCGUUUUUGAAAUUUAUGUGAUUUUUGUUGGAGAAAAGUUUAAGAGUAUUAUAUUUCAAUAAAUCUGCAAUUCUCUACGCGUUUAAAGAUUUAUAUAAUUUUUUCGUUCUAAAGAGUGUUUACUAUGAAUUCAGUGUGUAUGUAAUAUAAAUUGUAUAAAACAUAAAACCUUUCAAAGGAGAACGCUUGGCGAUUGGGCGCAUUCGUGCGGAAAGUGUACUGAGCUGAGCUGCGCAUUUUUUCACAGAAACUUACAUCACUAAAACAUGGGGUUACAAAAACACUACCUCAGAUAUGGUCGCAGUGCGAGGGACCACAUAUUGGGUCUGGCGGGCGGAGGGCGACGCAAUACCAUUGUGAAAACCACCGGCGAUAAUGCGCACAACGGCCACCAUAGCGGCCAUGGGACACAUCAUCGAACCGAUGGUGGGGGUGGUGGCGGCGGCGAACACGGUGGUAUGCCAAAUUUAACCAACCGUCCCACUCCCUUGUCUAUGCUAAUAUCACAAGGAGCUAAAAUCAAUAACCAUAGACUAGCUGUGAUAAUUAUUGGAAUAGUUACAUUAAUUUUAGGAAUAUUGCUAUCAACAAUACCAUGGUUGAAUUAUUUUAUAUUAAAGAAUUUAAGGCUAUGGAAUGAUACGUUAAGUUUUCAUUACUGGCAGCGACCAGGUGUCGUACGCUUAACUAAAGUCUAUAUAUAUAAUGUCACAAAUCCCGAUGGUUUCCUGCAAGGAGAGAAACCAAGAUUGACGGAAGUGGGACCAUUUGUUUAUAGAGAAGACAUGCAAAAAGUGAAUAUAAAUUUUUACGACAAUCAAACAGUGUCAUAUCAGCACAAGAAAAUUCUUCAAUUCGUGCCCGAAUUGAGUAUAGACAAGAAUACCCCGAUAGUCACACCCAAUAUUCCUUUAUUGACACUUACUAGUCUCAGUCCAAAAUUAGGUUAUCUGCUGUCAAAGACGAUUUCUGUAGUGUUGACCGCAGCCAAGUUCAAGCCUUUCAUCAACGUGACUGCCGAUCAGUUGGUGUUCGGCUACGAUGAUGCGCUCGUCAGCUUGGCACAUCGAUUUUAUCCAAAACACAUGCGUCCAAUGGAGCGAAUGGGACUGCUACUUGGGCGCAAUGGUACACUAACCGAAGUCUCAACAAUCAAAACUGGUCUUCAAGGCAUGGAAGAAUUCGGCUACAUAGACCGUCUCAAUGGACUCGAUCACCUGCCGCAUUGGCAUAAGCCACCCUGUAAUCGUAUAGCCGCUUCCGAAGGUUCCUUCUUUCCACCACGUGAUAUAACAAAAGCGGAUACUGUUUAUGUUUAUGACAAGGAUUUAUGUCGCGUCAUACCUCUACAGUACCAAAGAGGUGUAAAAAAAGAUGGUAUUGGCGCUGAUCUGUACAUCUUACCCGAAAAUAGUUAUGGCGAUUCUUCGAAUAAUCCGGAAAAUGAAUGCUUUGAUUCAAGUGAUUAUGAACCGAUAAAAGGCCUACAAAAUAUAAGUCCUUGUCAGUAUGGUGCCCCUGUCUACAUAUCAAACCCACAUUUUUAUCAAGCCAAUGAGUCGUUAUUACAUUCGGUUGAAGGGCUCAAGCCGAAUAAGGAGGAGCAUGAAACAUAUUUCAAAAUACAAUCGAAACUGGGUGUACCACUGGAAGGCAAAGUACGUAUUCAGCUCAAUCUCAAAGUGACGCGAGCGAAAGACGUGUAUCCAGUUAAAGAUUUUCGAGAUUUCAUCUUUCCGGUUAUGUGGUUGGAAGAAGGCAUCUCCGAGUUAACACCAGCCAUCCGCCGCUGGAUCUACUUGGCCACCGUAUUUGCGCCGAUCAUCAUACCGGUCGCCUCGUAUCUGAUGAUAUUCGGCGGUGCACUUGCCAUUGUCUUCGUGUUUGUGCGCGCAUAUCAGAACUUUGUGUUCGCACGCGAUCCCACAUUGGAGAUACUCGAGAUGGGCCGACGCUCGCUAAGGCGUGGCAGCAGCUUUAUCGCGCAACAUCAACAUAAAUUUAUGCACCGCGAAAGUUAUACGCUGCUAAAGACGGUACCCAGCGACCUGCUGGACGACAAAGAGGACGCGAUACCCAUAAUGACAAACAGUUCAUAGUAUUCCUAACAGCACAAAAGAAAUAAGCAAAAACAAAGUGAAUGAAGCUGAGUGUUCUGCUGAGCAUUCGAUCGGGUCUCAUGAGUGAUUGCGAAUUUCGUAUUGAAUUUAGUCUUUAAUUAGUUAGUUGUCGGUUUUAAGCUAGGUAGGUGUGAAUGAUUUAUCUCAAUGUAAAUAUGUAUGUGUGAUGAAAUGGCGUAAAAUCAAAAAGCAACAACAAAAAACAUAAAUAUGUGAUCUAAGUUAUUACUUUUAAACGUGUUUGUGAGGGUUUUCUUUUUCAGACGGAUGUUUUCUAUGUGAAUCGUUUGAUGUUGGUGAGCGCGUGUCUGCGGCCCUUAGUGCGUUUUAGCUCUAAUAUUCCAAACACAAAGAGGAAAAAAUUUAACAAAAAUCUAAAAACUAUAAUUUAUAGUUAAUAAAGUAUAUAUAUAAUAAUUUGGUGUUUAGCUUUCUUCUUCUUCUUCAUAUAUUUGUAAUCGCCUUAUACAAAUUUGUGAAAUUCCAGGGUUAGUGGUAGAUUUAGUCUAACUGUAAGUAAGUAGAUAUUUUCAAUAAACCUAUACACACAAAUUAAACAGUAACAAUUGAAAUGACAGAAUUUUUUUCAAAUAAAGUCGACAAUAAGUUGGUUAUAAAACUUUAAAUAUAAAGCAAAAUUUAGUGUGCACAAAUAAAUUAUAAAAAAAAAUAAUAAAUAUAAGUUUUCAUUCAGCAAUAUUUUAAUAAUACACUAUAAUUUAUGACCAAUACUUAUAUAAAUUUGAGAAAAAUUGUAAAAAAUGAAAUUUGUGUUAAAAAAAUAUUUCUUGCCCAAAACCAAAAUGUACUUUUAAGAACCUAAGCCAACAAACUAUAGAUGUAGAUAUUUUUUUAAUUUUAAUCAAAAUUAAUAAAAAAUGUGUUAAUUCUAAAUUUUUUCUUAAUUCCGAAAGUCAUAAUAUUUUUCAUUCAAAAUUUAAACAAAAAUUAAUUUUUCAAUUAUUUUUAUAAAUUUCAAAAAGGAUAGUUUUUGAUUAAUUUAAUUUUUUUUUUUGCUAUUUUAUUUUAUGGCAAUUAAAAAAAUAUCUGUACAUUUUACUUUUUUCCUCACUUUUAAAAAGUAUAAGUUUUAAAUACCACGUUCUUAAUGUUUUUUUUUUCAAUUUCGAAAAGAAUAAAUUUUUAAUUAUUUUUUAUUGUUAAUUUAAAGUUUUUUUGUUUUUUAUAUUUUUUUUUUCAACUUAUAAAGUACAAUGUUUAAUUAUUGAAAUUUUAUUAUUUUUAUUUUGAUAAUUUUUUGAAAUUUGUGUAUUUUCUAAUUUUUUCUCUCAAUUUCAAAAAUUAUAACUUUUGCCCAAAUUACCAAAAACAAAAAUUUACAUUUAUUACAAAAAAACUAGUGCAACUACAUACACACUUCUAAUUAUUUUAGUUUUUAAACUCUUUGUACAUAGCUAUUUAUAUACUUACUUACUUCCAAUUUAAUAAUUAAUUUUGUAUGUGCGGGGGUAGUUUAUUACACUUAAUCUUAAGCAUAGCAAUUCUAAUUAUUAUUGACUAGUUGUAAAUUAAAUGCAUUAUGUUGUAAGCUGGAAAUUUAUUAUAAUAACAAUUUUCAAAUAUAUUUCACUAGUCAUUUUUACGACACAAAAAUGAGAGCAGAUUAUUAUCCGUAAGCAGUUUUCUUAGUAUUUAGCUAUUUUAAAAGGUUUUUAUACAAAAAUAAUGUAGUUCGAAUAUGCAUACAUAGUCAAUUUAAUGUCAUUUUAAGGAACAAAAAUAGGAUUGUUGUCGAAAUGAAAUAUUUUGGAACGAAAUUGUUAUUUUAGGCAAAUAAAUAAAAAUGUAAAGUACGAAAAUAA